AUGCAGUUCCAACUACUAUCUUCAAUCACUUUUCUUUUUAUCCAAAGAAGUUUUGCUGGUUAUGUGGAGCCCACAGAAAACGCUUACGCUGGUGCUACCUUACCCCUCAUUCCACCACCACCGCCACCUCCACCACCACCGCCACCUCCUUUAUAUCGCAGACCAGUGCUGAAACAUCGCUACGUCUCAUCACUAUCUCCUGCAGUUACUUAUACAGACGAAGUGCAACUUGUAAAACCAACUGCAUAUGUACCAGCUCCUAAGAUGACUUAUAUCACUCCAAUUCCUCAUGCAUACAUCGCUCAACCUCGGCGUUCAUAUCAUUCUCCAGCGUAUCAGUCCUACUCCGGUUACUUACCAUCGUAUGUUGCUCCAACGACAGUGGCGAGACCAUACGGAACUUACCGGAAUGCUUAUGUAAGUCUUACAAAAGGAGUUCGAAGUCGUCUACAACCACGCUAUCAUCCUCGCAUCACUGUUCGUAACAUGGCCCGCUCAUACGCAAGAGAAACUGCUCAGACCUCUGAUACAACUUCUGUUUUCGGAGGAACGGAUUUUGGUUUUGAAGAUCUGGAUAUGUUUCCUAGCAGCAAUUUUUACAAAAGCUUCAAUUCCCCUUGGCAUACCUUCUUCCACAAGCGACCAUUCGAAGAACUU